UAGGUUUUCCCAUAAUUCCUAUAAUUUCUCAAUUUCAUUUUCACUCUCACUUCUACCAAAGCAAAGCACACCACUUCCGCUUCCUCUUCUUCCUCCUCUUCUUCCCGCUAAACCCUUCACAACGAGUAACUUCGCCGCCAGAUCUUCGCCCCCGAAAGUGAUACUUACUUUGAUGUACACACCAUAGAAAAUGAGGUAGAAACUGAGCUCUUUCCUUACUGUUAACUGUUUUCAAUUGUUCAGUUAGAACCUCGGUUUUCGUUGUAUUGCAUUUACAACGAUGAGCACAUCAUCUAGUCGGCGGCAUGAAAAGAAAGUGCAUGACCACGAUGAAGAAAGUGCCGCUAGGACAAGGCCUUUCGGCCAUGAAGAGAUUAUGCUUAGGAGGAAGGAUAAGAAGUUGUGUGAUAAUGUUGUGGCGGAAGCGGUUGAUUUAGGGGAUGUACUGGGGGAAGGUAGUGUCGAAAAUGUUUCAGAGGCUUUUGAAUCCAAAAGGGGUGAGAGACGGCAUAAAGAUUUGGCCCCUGUUGUUGAAAAGCCUUUGUCGGAGGAGAGAGUGAAGGAAAGCUCCAGAAAGAAAGAAACGUAUAGUUCUAAGAGUACUAAAGUGGAAGACGAUGUUGUUAAAGGGAAAGUUAGAAGAAGCAAUGAGUCGGAGAGCUUGAAGGAUAAGCCAAAAAAAGAUACAAGAAGUGAAGCUAGAGGAGACAAAACUGACAAACAAGUACAUGGUAGGAGGAAAAUUGACAAGGACUCGAUUGAUGAGUCCGUAAAGAAGCAGUCAAGAGAUUAUUCAACAAGAAAAGAAAGACAUUUGGACCAAAGUAGAGGAGAACAUGAAAGAGAAACCAAGAGAAAAUACCAACACGAAAAUGAUGACAAAAUCAGAGACAGAAGUGCUGCAAAGAAACAUGAUUCAGGAAAGCUUCGCGCUUUAGAAAUUUCAGAGAGAAAGGAGAGGACAGAAUCAUCAAAAUCACGCUUUGAAGAAUCAAGACACAAAAGGGGAAGAUCGAGGAGUAGAGACCGCAUGGAUAGACAUAGGUUAAGUUCUCGGUCACCAAGGGCACACAAACAUACAUUAAAUAAUUUGGGGCCUCGCAGCGUUAUAUCAUCAUAUUCUCCCAAAGAUAGGUCUGGAAGACAGCAUUUGGAUAUUGAUAGUAGCAGAGUGUCUACUAAUGGCUCAAGCAGCCAUUAUCAGCGACGUGUUGAGUCUGCGAAUAGACUUGGUGGCUAUUCCCCUAGGAAGAGAAGGACUGAGUCUGCUAUUAAGACUCCAUCCCCACCCGAUCGUUCACCUGAAAAGAAAAAUGCCAGGUGGGAUCUCCCCCAUGCAUCAACUGACAAGGCAUUAUCUAGUUUGGUUGCUUCUCGUUUUCAGUCAUCAAACAGUAAUGUAUCCUCAAAUGUACAUGGGAUGACCAUUGCUGUUGCUGUUGCCUCAACCGCCACAACAUCUAUUCCUGGAGUUUCUCCCAAUUCUAUAUUGACUAAGAAGAAUGCUUCCGUUGACUCCGUGCAAUUAACACAAGCUACCCGGCGUAUGAGGAGGCUUCAUGUAGAAAAUAUUCCAUCUACAACCUCUGAAAACACUUUGGUAGAAUCUCUUAAUAAAUUUUUGUUGUCUUCGGGCGUAAAUCAUAUUCAAGGAACACAACCCUGCAUCAGUUGUGUGAUUAACAAAGAGAAGGGGCAAGCUCUUGUGGAGUUUCUUACACCUCAAGAUGCUUUGGCUGCUCUGUCAUUUGAUGGCAGUUCAUUCUUUGGUUCUAUUCUCAAAAUCAGGCGCCCUAAGGACUUUGUUGACGUUGCUACUGGUGACCCCGAGAAAUCAGUGGCUGCAGCUGAGAGUAGUGAGACAGUAAGUGAUGUUGUGAACGAUUCUCCUAACAAGAUUUUCAUUGGUGGGAUAUCAAAGGCUCUUUCCUCAGAAAUGCUUCUGGAAAUCAUUAGUGUCUUUGGACCUUUGAAGGCAUACCAUUUUGAGGCCAAUGAGGAACUUAAUGGACCAUGUGCUUUUCUAGAGUAUGUCGACCAGUCAGUUACUCUCAAAGCUUGUGCGGGUCUGAAUGGUAUAAAAUUAGGAGGGAGAGUGCUAACUGUGGUUCAGGCAAUUCGUAGUGGAUCAUCCAUGGUAAAUAGUGGAAAUGCAUCACUCUAUGCGAUCCCAGAACAUGCAAAGCCACUUCUCAAACAACCUUCACAUAUCCUGAAGCUUAGAAGUGUGUUCAAUCUGGAGCACAUGUCAUCACUGCCUGAACAAGAGAUUGAAGAAGUUCUGGAAGAUGUGCGAUUAGAAUGUGCCAGGUUUGGCAUGGUUAAAUCUGUAAAGAUUGUCAAGCAUGCAAACAAUCACAUUGUCACCACUAGAGCGUGUGAAGCUGUCAAUGAUGCAGAAUCUGGUGGGCACUGGCAAAAUUUAUGUUCUGAAGAAAAAGCAGCAAAAACAGAGACUUUGGACGAACAUAUUGAUAAUGACGGUAAGGAAACGAGUGGAGUGAAGCUUACAGGGGAACUUAAAGAAGAUGAAGUCCCAGAAAGUAAUUGCUUUGGUUAUGAUAAACCAGCAGGUGAUUUUGUAGAGGACAAGUCAUGUCAAAUGGGCCAACCAGAUAAAGAUAUUGAAAUCCAAGGAAGCAAUGACUUACCUAAUAGGGAACCCGAAGAACUCACCAACCUGCCAAACAGCAUGAAAGAUGCGUCAGAGUGUUAUGAUGAUAAAACUCCUGAAGUUACAACAGUAGAGAGUUCUAUUAUAGAGGAAGUUGAUGGUAAGAAACAACAGACUUUUGCUGGAACGGAUGACAAUGUGGGAACAGAAACAGAGUCUAUUCUGGAGAGUGGAACUAAGGAGCAGCAUAAUGGGAAGGAUAAUGAUUUUGAUCUGGGAAGCAUAUUCGAGCCUGGGUGUGUCUUUGUGGAGUUUGGGAGAUCAGAAGCCUCUUGGAUGGCAGCACAUUGUUUACAUGGGCGAGUUUUUGAGGAUCGGAUUGUGACAGUGGAGUAUAUCGCACCUGAUCAUUACAGGGCUGAAAUUUUAAACUGAGCAUAUACGGUUGCUAGUUAUAAUGCUUGAAUGCACUCUUCGGAUGAUAGUCAGUGAUCCAUUUUGGCUGGUUGCUAUGAUUGUUUCUUGUAUAUCCAUUUGGAAAAUCAAAAUUAGAGUUUGAUCGAGGAAAUCUUUAUUGAAAUAUUCAGUUGAA